CUGCCAUCAACUUCGUUCAACUUAUCGAUUAUCUAUUGUGGACCAUGACUUGAAAUAUUUAACAACGGUGUUGUGCUAGUUUACUUAAAAGCCAGCUCAAGUUUGCGUGUUCUGAUUCUCAAAGUUCGCUUUUCUUUUCUGUCUGAGCCUCCUUAGGCCUCAUCAUCAUGGCCGAUAAUGCUGAUGCCACCGUACAAAAAACACCUCCCCGUAACUCUUCCAUGUCAGCCGACUCGGAGGCUGUACUCAAGUCUACCCCACUCGCAGUUGGUUCCGCUGCUGUCAGCGAACACAUCAGUACUGUUGGCGUUGAAGUCAACAACGUCCGCCCAUGGAUCACGAGGGACGUCCAAAACUUUGAGAAGUGUGAGGCAGAUACGAUGCUGCAGGUACUCCUUGCAAGGUGCACAGGUUCUUCCCUUUCUGUUAGCGAGGAAUCGAAGCUACUCGAAGCCUCUCUCGAGGCCGUCCUACCCAUCUGCAAUGUGGGGGCUGUGGCGCAGGAGAUAAAGGGACACCUGACUGAUUUUUGUAAUAUCGAACGCGAAACAGCAACAUACGCUCCUUUCGUCAGAGCCGCCAACUGUGCGCUCCGUGAACUAAGCAAAGUGAAUGUACAUGGAAUACCUGCGUCUAAGGUCGACGACAAAACCAACAUUUUACUCCAUGUCAAUGAUCCAAUGCCCAUAUACCAAAACCACCAGGGCAAACAGUCCGAACGCAAGCCUGACGUUGUCGUUAUCUCUCGUCAAACUGCGCUGGGUACACAAGCCCAGCAAACGCAAGAGUCCCAGGUCCUUACUGAGACUGCGUGCAAAUCACCCAAAGACAACUUUCAAUGGACCGAUGUUCGAUCGACAUUAGAGUUCAAACGCUCCCGGAAGCUUCUGCCUCACCCGCCGUCCACUUAUAAGACAAAUUACGUUGUUCCUUCUCCUUCUGCGAAGUAUAUGGUGUAUAGGAAGGACGCGAACGGCCCUGCUAAGCCAACAGGUUCAACACCUGCUACUGGGUCUGCCCAGACCGCCCACGAAGCAUCGAAUGAGUUAAGACCCUCAUCGCAGCAACUCAGCAAAGGAGUCAAGCGCAAGCGAGCCGGCAAUAAUGAAAAUCAUACUGAAGAGACGGAGCCGCGUAAACUCCAUCCUAUCGUCCAGAACGGCCUGUACGUUGCAGAGAUGUUUGCGGCUCAUAUCGCGCGGCAACAUGUCAUCUCCUUUAUUGUUAACAACGACUACAUUCACGUCUGGUUUUUUGAUCGUGAGGCGACAAUUCAAAGUGCUGCCAUCAACUUCGUUCAGGACCUCCCGCGCUUUUUGGUGUUACUUCUCAUCAUGCAGCGGAUGGGAUACGAGCAGUGGGGCCUUAACCGAGUGUUUGAGCCUGAGCCUGGAUUUUCGGGCCCGGUGCUGGUUAAGGAUACCCAAAUCGACCUCGAACUGGACGUGAAGUCUGACGAGCGCGUGACUCAUUUCGGUAUACGCGGACGUGCAACUACUGUAUUUCCAGUCAAGAGUCAGGCACUAUCAGGUCGGCCCCGGGGUCCCCAUUUUCGCAAUGAAUCCCCUGAACUGGUGGCCAAGCUCUAUUGGCCAGAAGAGACACGUCAGAGCGAGCCAGACAUUCUCAACGAAGUCUACAAGAUUGCACAGACAGAUCCAGAUGUGCGGGGCCACGUCCCAGAGCUUGUCUGGUUCCACAAGUUUGAAGAAACAUCCACGUCCAAAAUCAGAAUCGCACUGGGACUGAAGGACGCUGAACGGGCAAAGCAGGGCAGCCGUGUCCUGUGCAUCAUCGUAUUCAGAAAGCUUAUCCCGAUCACGACGCUUUCCGGCAAGGAGUUCAUUACCGCAUGGUGGCAAAUUGUGAAGUGUCAUCGUGCCCUCUGGAAGGGAGGCGUGCUUCACCGGGAUGUCAGCCCUAGCAAUCUCAUGGGGUACCGCUUACGCGGUCAAUUCUUUGGCGUUCUCAAUGACUACGACUUAUCGUCGUUUAAACGCGAUGGUCCCAGUGGCCUCGAGCGCACGGGGACGGUGCCAUUCAUGUCAAUGAACCUUCUCACGCCAGAAGCCAUAGCAGGCGAGGUCGAGCACGUGUACGCGCAUGAUGCUGAAUCGUUCAUCUGGGUCCUCACCUGGAUCUGCCUCCGGUAUGAAGAUGGCAAGCUCCUCAGCCAAAACAGACCACUAGAAGAAUGGCUGAAGUUAGAUGCUGUUCGAUGCAGGAAGGAAAAAAACGACUUUAGGUCAGGGUUCAGUGAUGCACGUCCAUCUGGAUCACACAAAGCGUCCUGGGGCCUUGUAAAGAAAUGCUUUUCGGGGAUCCAGUCGCUUUAUACUCUAGAUGGGUAUCGCAAACUGGCUGAUCAACCGGCGUUCGAGUUGUUACUUCAGGGACCUAUGCUGCACCAUGAGGGUCAUUUAUCUGCCAAAAUGAACAAGAAGCCGUUGGGUACUACUAUGACUUUGCAAUGA